UUCACCCAUUUCUAUAUAGCCUUUUGUAUCCUUUUGGUAUACACCUUCAUAAAAUUUAAGAUUCAUGCAGUGCCGGAAAGUAUCGCCAUCAUUAUCUUUGGAGCCAUAAUUGGAGGUAUUUUACAAGGUAUGAAAGACUUCGAUUUAGGAAACUGGCAGAAAGAAGAAGUUUUCGAUCCAACAUUUUUUUUCGUUGUCUUAUUGCCCCCAAUAAUCUUCGAGUCAGGGUAUUCCUUGCAUAAGGGUAACUUCUUCUUUAACAUUGGAUCAAUACUAACAUUUGCUAUUAUUGGUACGGCAAUUUCCGCUAUCGUCGUCGGUGGAGGGAUCUACUUACUUGGAAUGGCUCAAAUCAUAUAUCCCCUGACUCUUACCGAAAGUUUUGCUUUCGGCUCCCUUAUCUCAGCUGUAGAUCCCGUUGCGACUUUAGCCAUAUUUCAUGCAUUAAAUGUUAAUCCAACAUUAAAUAUGUUAGUGUUUGGUGAAAGCGUAUUAAAUGAUGCUGUUUCUAUCGUUAUGACGAAUUCUAUCUUAGAAUUCUCGAAAGCUCAAGCUUUGGGUGGAUCUACCUUAGCGGCAUUUAAAGCCAUUGGACAUUUCUUUGUUAUGUUCUUUGCAUCUUCUAGUAUAGGGAUUGCAUUCGCUUUGGCAAGCGCUCUGAUAUCCAUAAUACAUCUUUCUAAAGCAAAUCUAUCGCACAUCUUAACUAUAAAUAGUCCUUCUCUAGAACUAGGGAUGCUGUUAAUAUUUUCUUAUUUGCCAUAUAGCUUAUCAGAAGGAUUACAACUAUCAGGGAUUAUGGCUAUCCUCUUUUGCGGUAUCGUUAUGGCGCAUUACACUCACUUCAAUCUCUCUCCUGUAACCCAAAUGACCGUCCAACAAAUUUUUAGAACUGUAGCUUUCAUAGCAGAAACUUGUGUUUUUGCUUAUCUUGGUAUGGCUCUGUUCAGUUUUAAUCAUACUUUUAAGCCGGCUUUUAUAAUCUGGAGCAUAAUUCUUUGCUUGCUCGGUAGAGCUUGUAAUAUCUUCCCCUUAAGUUUAGUCGUCAAUCGAUUUAGAGAAGUUAAAAUAUCUAGGAAAAUGCAGUUUGUGAUGUGGUUUAGUGGUUUAAGAGGCGCCAUUGCAUUCGCGCUUAGCAUUCAUAUUGAAUUCGACCAUGAAAAGCGAAGUAUUAUCAUAACUUCUACUCUUAUUAUUGUCUUAUUCACAAUUUUGGUAUUAGGCGGAUCAACACUGCCACUACUUAAGUAUUUAGGCGUACAAAGUAACAGUAAAGUAACGCUGAAUAAAACUGAGGAAAUGGGUAAUGCUAUAGAUACAGAUGAAAUAGAGCACACAUUCAGAUCUGGAACUUCAUUGAAGGGAUUCGCUCGUAUUGAUUCUAAGUACCUUAGUCCUUUUUUCAGAAGACACGUAACUCAUCAGGAAGUCCAUGCUGCGCAAGCUGAACUUAAGCGAGUUACUAAUCAAUGGUAUAGAGAUAUCAGGACAUCAGAUUCUGAUGAAGAAAGAACCGAUUUGUUAUAG